CCCUCCCGCCCCUUGCACCAAGAUGGCGUUCAUAUAAAAAGACCCGUCUUAUGUGCCGUGAGACCGCCGGUCUCCUAGUGCCACUGCAGUGGUGUAGAAAAGAUGGACGGCGACAAGGAUGAGACAGUCAACGUCACAGGUCAAGGAGGAAGCGACGGUAUCCGGACAUCUCAAGAAGUCGAGAAGCUCCGUCAAGAAAACGAAAGACUUCGGCAGGAAAACGAAGCCUGUAAGACCAGACUGCAAGGGUUGCAGACUCUAGGGGUUCUUCUCGACGAGUCUCGUCACGAGAAAGAAAACCUUCGCGACCAGGUGACAGAGUUAUCCACCAAACUUUCUCUCCAAACGACAGACCAAAGCAAGGAAGAGACAACAACCGUCCCGUCAGGCACCGCGCGGGAAAAGGAGGGGUCUGACCAGAACGAAAACGUCCUCGUCUCGCUUGACGAUUCUGUCAAUCAAACGGAAGGAAAUGGCGGGAACGACUUGUCCAUUGGCGACAUGACGUCCGUUGAACAAUCAUUGAGGAGUUCAGAGGAAGAACAGCCCUUGCCGACAGAGCGGAACGCCGUACCGGCGGUGACGUCAGGCGAGCCGUUGUCCAAUCACGCCCAGCGGCUGGAGGCGGCACUGCAGGACGAUGGCGGCGCGAGGAAGUCCACAGAAAUGGCGGCCGAAAUGGCGCGAUUCGGCUCCAGGGUUCUACAGAUGGAGAAAAAGUACAACAUUCAGUCGGUUCUGGUUAGAGAUUUGACCACAGAAAACGAAGAUCUGAAGAAGAAACUAACAGACGGACUGCAAGAGAAGAACGACACCAUUCGUACUUUACAAAACCAGGUCGAUGACCUGCAGGUCAAACUGACGGCCCAGGAGGACCAGCCAGGUGUGACUGUCGACAUAACCCAGCCAGUACACAAAGAAAAUGACGAGAAACAACACUCUACUGACAAGGAAAUGUCUGAACUGAAGAAUAAAGUUGAGGAGCUACAGAGACAGAAGAAAGAGAUCAUCGAUGUAAACAAACAGUGGGACGUGCAGUACCGGUCCAUGAAGGGGAGUUUGGAGAAGAAGUUGGAAGAGGCUCACAGGCAGGUUGCCGAGUACCGAGGCCAGGAGGACAAGAGGCAGAGGGACAUUGACAAGAUGCUACUAUCUGCUAAGAAAAGGAUAGACGCUGAACAGGAGGCGAGAGAGCGGGCGGUGCAGGACCUUCAGCAGGAGAAACAGCGCGGAGACACCCUGUCUGCCCGCGUCACUCUCCUGGAGAACCAGAUCACAGACAUGAUGCGGCAGCGGGGAAACCUGGAGGCCGAGAUCAGGAGACUGAAUGGGGCCCUGGGAGAGGCCCCCAGCAUGACGGUAAGAACACCCCCGUACCAGGCGGCAGAGCGGCAACAGUCGGCCCCACGGCAGCAGAGUCAGCCCCCGUCACACAACACCCAGCCCUCCCUGGACACACAGACGGAGAUCGAGGUUCUUCGGGCACAGGUCGCCACCUACCGGGAAGAUUUCGAGACGGAGCGGAGAGACCGGGAGAGGAUCCAGGGGGAGAAGGAGACUCUGAGGGAUGAAAUGGUGGCCCUGAGGCUACAGGUGGACUAUCUGUCUCAACAGCUUCGGGUGUAUGAAGAAGACUUCAACCGUGAGCGCCGUCAGAAAGAACGUCUCCAACGGGAACUGAGACGGAGACCUAUGGCUGGUGAAGACCCCGCGCCUUACAGCCCCGGUCCGCGGCAGGAGGAGUACGUCCAGCCGCCGCCUGCCCAGUACUACCCUCCCCCUCCCCCGUACCGGGAACACCCUCCUCACUACCAGCAACCGUACUACCGACCUACCGCUGCCGAGAUCCAGCAGAGAGAACUCAACCGCUAUCCACAGCGUGGCCGCCUGACCCCUCGCGGGACUGGUUACCCUGCCGGGCGGUUCUCUGGACAGGUCAUCCCGAGAACUCUCCCUACUGACGUCGAGCACGACUGUGCGGACGGACUGGUCAGCAGAAACGUGGGAGACUGUCCCAGGUGUCAGAGACUCUUUGACAACCCAAGGGACCUCCAAGACCAUAUUCAACGCUGUAUAACCUAACAGUGGUGUACAAGACAUACAAGAGAGCAUGGGCAACUUAAACUUCUACAAUAAUAUAGACACUUCCCACGUAUUCUAUAUUUAAAUAUGAUUCCUCAUUGGUCUCAUCAAAUAGCAGGUUUAAAUCUAAUCUAAUCUAAAAUUUAAACUUAAAAACCUCCUAGCAGGUUUAGAUUUAAGUUUAAGUUUGAAUUUAAACUUAAAACCUCCUUGGUUUCAUCAACAAUCUUGAUCAAGAAGAUCGAUGAAUAGUCAUAUCAUGUCUGGUUACGUGGGAAAUGUUUAUAAAACUUCUUCAGCCGAAUGCUUGUUAUCCCCGAAUACGGACUGAACACUCAUAAGUGUUAACAUCUGAUCAAGUGACGAAAAAAAAUGCGGAUAUUGAUGCAUUUCUGUAGAUAGUGGGGGAAAACAAUUAUAGCAAAUGUCUGAAGAAGCAGUUUUGUUGAAGUUUAAGUUGCUCUUAGUGCCAUGUUGGAGCCAGUUCGGACAUAGGCGCACCGGGUGUUGGUGUUACAUAUAACAUCGUGGUUUGACCAGACCUUACUCCAUGUGAUGUGUGGUCAGUUGGAAGGCCAUGGCACAGGUGUGGGUUAGACCCACUUGUGUUGGGCUCACAUUUGCCCCCAAGGCCAUGGGUUUGGGCUGGCCAAGCUGGGAAUGGCGUUAUGAACAUGCUACUGAAGAUCGUAGCAGGUCACCCUAAUAUAAAACGACGGAACGAGACAGAAACAGAUAAGCAAUAACUGUCAUAAGAGAAUGAAUAGCAAAGUUCUUUGAUCACAACCAUUUAUUUUUCACGAGCCGACGUUUCGAUGACCGUCUGUCAUCUUCAUCAGGGCAAUUCU